AUGCGAUAUCAGAUUAGCAAGAUUGAAGCUUUAGAGAGCAAACUGAAAGUUAAAGAAGACGAGCUGAAGUUGGAAGAAGACGAGCUGAAGCUGAAGAACGCAAGAAUUGGAACAGAGAAGACGAGAAAUGGUGGUAACACAGCUAGGACUGUCAUUAGCAUCAUUGUCACGUAGUUAGUGCUGAGAAUACUUAUCAUCUGCAUCUGUAUCUUUCUACGAAAGAGGAAGCCAAGGAAAAAGUUGAAAGUAAGUGAAGCUGUGGAUGAAAUAAGUAGAGUACUGGAAGCCUUGCAAUUUCAAUUCAAUAUCACCAGAGCAGCAACAGAUGACUUUUCUGAUGUAAAUAAGCUUGGAGAAGGAGGAUUUGGUUCUGUUUACAAGGGUAAGCUUUCCACUGGACAAGAAAUAGCUGUGAAAAGGCGGUCUAUGGGUUCAGGACAAGGAGAUUUAGAAUUUAAGAAUGAGGUCUUGUUAGUCGCAAAGCUUCAACACCGAAAUUUAGUUAGGCUUCUAGGUUACUCCUCGGAGGGAAAAGAAAGACUUUUCAUCUAUGAGUUUGUGCCCAAUGCUAGCCUGGAUCACUUCAUUUUUUAUAUAAUCAUUCUAUGUGAACAUGCAGAUCAUAUGAAGCGUCCACAAUUACAUUGGGAAACACGUUAUAAAACUAUUGGAGGUAUUGCUCGAGGACUUCUUUACCUCCAUGAAGACUCUCGCCUUCUAAUUAUUCAUCAUGAUCUAAAAGCCAGUAAUGUUCUGUUGGAUGCUGAGAUGAACCCUAAAAUUGCAGAUUUUGGCAUGGCUAGGUUGUUUGAACAAGAUGAAACUCAAGCCAAAACAAGUAGAAUUGUCGGAACCUAUGGCUACAUGGCUCCAUAGUAUAUAAUGCACGGACAAUUUUCAGUUAAGUCAAAUGUUUUUAGUUUUGGAGUACUAAUUCUUGAGAUUGUCAGUGGUCAAAGAAAUAACAGUUUCCAUAAAGGAGAGAAUGUGGAAGACCUUCUAAGCUUUACAUAGACAAAUUGGAGGGAAGGAACAACAAAUAUCAUAGAUUCCAGUUUGAGCACUGGUUCAAGGAGUGAAAUAAUAAGAUGCAUUCACAUUGGGUUACUAUGUGUUCAAGAAAACGUAGCCAACAGACCAACAAUGGCUUCAGUUGUACUAAUGCUUAAUAGCCACUCCCAUACUCUUCUAGUACCUUCACAACCGGCAUUCUAUAUGCACAGAACCAUAUCAAACACAUCAUCAGGAAUUAAAGAAAAAACUCAACCCUAG